AAUUCGCGUGCCAGACGAACAGCUCCGCCUGCCUAUUUAGAACAAAUUACACCUCCCGCUUUACCGGCCGGACCACAAACCAGAUCCGAUCGCGAUCGAGGCUGCGGCCAUGGCGAUGCUGCGUCGUGUCCGGCGGCGCAAGAGCGAGAGUACUGCGGAGGACCGCCUGAGCGCGCUCCCCGACGAUCUGAUCCGCGUCAUAACAAACAAGCUGGACACCCGCACGGCGCUGGCGACGGCGGCCCUCGCCAGGCGAUGGGCGCGCAUCCCUCGCGAGCGGCCGGCGCUGGACCUGAGGGUCAGCGACAUACUCCCGCCGCACUACAGCCGGAGUGUCGCCCUCCGCCAGCGCCACCUGCCACGCGACGAGGCUACGGCCACCAUGCUCGACGCUCUCAUGUCCAGAUGCGAGUCCCUUGCCAUGACGGCCUUCAUCCACGGCGUCACCAACUUAAUUAUCUUGCCACACCACGGCCGCCGGCGCACCAAGACCCUGCGUCUCGAGUUCUUCCAGACGUCCGACGGCGGCUGCGUCAACCGCCUGAUCGCUGCCGCGGUCGGCGCAUGGGGAGUGACAGAUCUCGAGGUCGUCGUCCUCAGGUCCACGCCGCCGGCCGUGUACAGCUUCAUCGUCCCCGACGACAACCUCAAGUCGCGCAUCCGCAGCCUGACCAUGGGCAAGCACUCUGCGUUCCCGCCAGACCUGCACAGCUACGGCGCGCUCACCACGCUCGUCUUGCGAGACAUGCCCGCUUCGACGCCCCACGAAGCGUACCCGAUGCUGUUGAACGAGUGCCCAUGGCUGCAGGUCCUGCACCUCAAAUACUGCCUCUGCGCGGAGAUUUGCAGCAUUGUGGUGUUUGACGCGCCGUGUUCACAGCUGGGGGAGCUCGUCCUGGAAGAGUGCUCCUUCCUGGUGAUCGACCUGCGAGACCUCCCAAUGCUUGCUCGCCUGGCGUGCCGCCUAACCGACACCGUCAGGGUCGAAUUCGGCUCGCUCCCCAGCCUCAUGCACACCAACCUCACCUUCUGUCUAGAAGAUUAUUCCAUAGUUGAGACCAAGGGUAAUGAUAAGUUGGACCAGUUCCUCAGUACGUCCCCCGCCAUGACAAACCUCCUCAUCCGCUUCACUGGGCUCAGAAGAUGGGUUGUGCCCAAGCCUCCCGACAAGCCAUUGCUCCACCUUAAAAGGCUCCUUGUCGCUGACCUGCCUUUGAAUUGGGACGUCUCAUGGCCACGCGGCCUCCUCAUGGCUGCUCCGUCUCUCGAGGUCCUGCACAUCCAUGUGCCUCACUCGGAGGAGCCCGAGCCCGAAUACCGCUACGGGAGCAUGCUCAUUCGUGUAUGGAAAUUACGCCCUCAGCUUGGGCACCAUCACCUCAAGGAGUUGGUCAUGCUUGGCUUCCAGCAGCGCCACGCAGUGUUUCUCAAGUAUCUCGUGAGCGUGUGCACCUUCUUGCGACGCAUUGUUCUGUGCAGGGAUGGUCAUGUCCGAUACAAUGGUCUCUGGGACUGGGAGAUGGUCGGCCAGCAAGCAUGUCCGUGGAGCGUUGAUGAUGAAAUGGUGGUGAAAACAAUGAUCAACUCUGGGCCCAACCCUCUCGUUCAACUCAUCUUGAGAUGACUCUCUCUUUAUGUAUGGUAUUCCCUAGUAAUCUUGCAAUGCGCGUCGCAAUAAGUUCAACAAAAACAUAUGGGUCUGUCUAUCCCCUAGGCGCCUGUUUUGUGUCUUUAAACCAGACGCCUGGUUUAUUUUGUAAAACCAGACACUUUUUUACAAGCCAUUGAUCUAAGGUUUAGUGGACAAAAACAAAAUAGCAUCUUCAUAUGGUUUUCCCUCCAAUAAUUGUUGACUGGGCUAUUUUCUGCGCCCUUACACCCCAAACACGCCAAAAGGAAAUGACUGCAUGAACUGGCUCUGUAUAUUGGAUUCAAAAGCAAAAAUACACAAAAGGAUAACAUAAUCUGAUGAACAAACAAAAUGAAGAUUAAAGCUAACAAACCAUUCAACACAGUGGAAAACAGAAGCAGAGCUUAGAUGCU